AUGGAACUAUUAAAGUUCCUUUUCUGUUUUGUUUUAACUGCUGUCUGUGCAGCACACUGUCCGGAAUCUGACGCAAAUUUACUUAAAUGGAGCGAUCAUGCUGGAACGUGGAGCGGCUCGCCUCCAGCUGAAAAUGACAACCUGACAAUCACACAACCAAUAUUACUAGACGAACAGCCACCAACGUUAUACUCCAUAGUCAUCACAGCUACUGGUAAAUUAGUCUGGGACCCAAACACUGUGGUCCACCUAAAGGUACAUUGGGUCCAAGUAGACGGAGAGCUUCAUAUCGGAUCAGAGGAUUGUCCAUUUCUGUCAAACACUCACAUCACGUUUCUAGGAAAUGUUGAAGAAAACAAUCUUGGUGCUGGUGGAGAUAAAGCAUUGUUUGUUACAGCUGGUGGAUCACUCGAAAUUCACGGAAAACCAAAACUUUCCUGGACCAAGCUUGCACAGACUGCUCCAAAAUUUAACACAGAAACAGACGUUAUUGCUAGUCAACAGGAAAAUACUAAUAGCAAAGGACUUGCUGUUUACAGUAUCAACCCUACUACAGGAGAGCUGGUUGACUCAGCUUUUUUCAACUUUGCGAUCAAUCGUAGAAAAUAUCCAGCCCUUAUCCUUUCAUUUGUAAACUUCUUAGAAGGUAUUCCCAAUGGCAACGUAGUUGGUAUUGCAAUACACAAAGAAUUACCUCGAAGAGACGACAUCAGUGGAGCACUUGAAGCGAUCGAGAUAUUAGCUGGACAAACAGAUGGAACGAAUCCACUCAGGGACACUAGGGAUGCAAUGUAUGCUCUUCUUACAACAAAAGGAGAUACUGUAGUUAUUGCAUCUACCGACUAUGACUGGAAGCAGUCUGAGGAUAAAACACUCAUUGAAUGUCCGUCCUGUAGUGAUAACCAAAUACGAUUAUCGGGUCCCUUGAAGUUCACUCACUAUGGAGAAAUCUACAAAAAUGUUGAUAUGAGAGGCGAAGUCGGACUGUUAACCAGAAACAUUUUGUUUGACAGUGAAGAUGCUGAAGGAUCAACUACGUAUGGUGGAAAUCUUAAGGCACUGAAAGGAUUCAAAAGCGUUCAUAUUGAAAAUGCAGAAUUCAAUGAUCUAGGACAGCAAGAAGUGUUAGGAAGAUACCCAAUUCAUUUCCAUAUGUGUGAGGAUGUUGAUGAAGAUGAAGCUACAAGGCCAUGGAUAAAACACAACUCUAUCCAUCAUUCCAACAGCAGAUGUGUUACUGUUCACGGAACACACGGUCUUAUUGUUGAAGAUAAUGUAUGUUACAUGACAAAAGGUCAUGGUUAUUUCUUGGAAGAUGGUGGCGAAAAGAGAACGGUAUUAAAUGGAAACUUAGGACUCGGUCAGGAAAAAGGAACACUUAUUAAAGCUGACAUAUCACCAACUACCUUCUGGAUUACAAAUCCUCUUAGUUACGUCACAAACAACGUAGCAGCAGGGGGAGAUGGACGAGGAUAUUGGUAUACAUAUCCACGAAUUCCAUUAGGACCUUCUGCUGAUAAAGGAUACAUGUUAAAAGAUGAAGCAAGACACACAGUUAUUUCUGAAUUCGACAACAAUGUUGCCCAUUCAAAUAAACAGCAUGGCUUUUUCAUUGAUAACGAAUUUCAACCUGAUGGAAGUGCCUCUGGAUACAACAGAUACAGACCUAAGGAAGAUCCCAUAAUGCACCUGAAAUAUAAGAAUUCUACUGAUAAACCAUCCAUAAUAAACAGAAUGACAGCCUACAAAAACAGCCCUAGAAACGCAUGGAUUAGAGGAGGAAUGUUCAAAAUAGUCCAUGCAUCGUUAUCAGACAGCGCUGAAUUACUUAAUAUAGUAAAAGAGAACUCUGCACUGCAGUUCAUUGACCAGAGUGUAUUUAUCGGAGAUUCUCCUAAUUUAGGAGAGCCAGCAACAGUUAACGGCCAACCCAUAUCAACUGGAAGAUCUUUCCCGUUGAUUUCUGCAAAUAUGAUGGAAAGUUUCAAUCCUAGAAAAGGAAUCGCACUGAGAAGAGGGCCUAUUUAUGUGACAGAUGUUUUCUUAGAUGGUUUUGCUGAUAACGAAUAUUACCAAAUGGGAGCCAUUAGUUGGGAUAAAAUGCAAGGACAAUCCCCUUUUCAUAGUAUUACUAAUGCACAAUUUGGUUUUUCUGAUCCUAGCGAAGGAAACAGAGUCAAAGGCAUUCUUCUGGAUGAAACGCAACGAACUGGUGACGAUAUCCGAACAUUCAGAGAUAUGGAUAACUCUAUGAUUGACCUUGAUGUAUCAGAUGACUCACUCGUUACAGUUCUAAGUCCUGAAGCCUUCCACAUGACAGACGAAUGUAAUAUUAGGUCAAAUUGGAACUUUGGAUACUGCGAACAUGCUUACGGUAAAUUAGCUAUAAAGUACCCCUCAGAUAACGUUUUAACGAUGACAAGGGACGAUGAUUACGAGACCGCCCGAGUGGAUGCUGAUUCACCAGGUGAUGCCAGCUUUCUAGUCAUUACAGGAGAAAGUUACAGUUAUUCUAUGUAUUUUGAAGAGGAAGUUCCGAAAGAAUUCGGUAUUCUAAUGGUCGGAGUGUCAAAAUCACAAGGUGUACGAUUAGGAGUGUGUAUCCCAUUCGAUGCUACUUUUAGAGUGUUUGGAGGAAUGGUGAAAUGGGCAGCCGUAGAUUCAUUAAGCGAUGUUGAUGCGAUCGGAGACUACUUUUACGAUUCCGAUACUGGGUACCUUGCUGUAUUCCUGUCUGAUUCGAGAGAUUUUGAACCAGGAGAAGUAGGUGAAUGUGUUGGAGAGGGUGAAAUGUGUAGAAGAGUGAUGAUAAAAAUUGAAAAUGGCGAUUUAACUCAGACUGACUGUUUAAGUGCUGCUCAUGAAAAAUUUAACCUUUCUUCUAGUUCGUCCGAAUCUCGAAGGAGACUUACAACAUUACUUGAACUACUUAGUAAAAGACUUAAUCACGGAAGCAGACAAAAACGAGCCGUUGACACUGCUGGAGUGAUUGAUACCAGAGAACUUCCUGCUACUGCUAAUGAACCACCUGCGAACUGGGGAGCAGGCUCAACUAGAGGAUAAUAGAAUACACAGUGUCUCAUAAUCCAAAUUUCAAAUGCAAAAAAUCGUACGAACCAAAUCUGUUUCGUUGUAUCAAUAAUAAAGUGUGUGAUUUAUA